GGAUAGAGAUCUAACAUUUCAUUUUGAAUGGGAUUUAGAAGAAGAACGUCGGGCAUUGAAAGAAGAUCAAAAAAUAUGUCGGCAUAGGGCACAGAAAUAUUUGAUAGAGACAAACAGAAGAAGGAGAGCCUUUGAAGAAAGAUGGAAGCAAGAGGAAGAAAAAGAACGGAGAUUUAGAGAACAAGUUCUGCAGCAGAGGAAAAUUAAACUUCAGGAAGCAACUGAUAAGUUCCAGCGUGCUCAUCUGCCUUUUUCUCAGCACAAGCAAAUAGUCCAGACAAAAGCAGCUUUUCAGUUAGAAGAAGCUCUUGAACAAAUUAAAGGAUCAGUUUUAACACCAGGACUGUGCUGGCCCAGCAGAAACAAAACCAACUUCAGAACCACAGAUGACACUUCAUCCUCAUCAGCAUCUAGAAACAGUUCUUUCCAUCAGAAGCAGAUUUCAGCAAUGGUUGGCUGGGAUAAAACAGUACAAGACAGAAGUAGAACAAACAUGGACAGUAACCAACUUCUCUUCCAAAAAAAAUUGAAAGAAAUGCAACAACUCCUUGAAAAACAGCAUCUCAGCAACUUGGAGAAUUUUCAUCAAGAAGUCAAGAAAACAGAUGAUUCAGAAAGCUUGUCAAGCCUUGACAGUCUUGAGGCUGGAGAACAAAAUGGAAAUUACACAACAGCAAGUGAAUCAUCUUUGACUAUACAGUGUGACUGUGCCCUGUACAAUCCAGAAGAAUCACAGACUAGGAAUAACGGUUUGCUUUAUACAGCUCAAAGUCCUUCUUCUAAAAAUACGCAUCUAAAUAAUUGUCUGAGAAAUGUAGAUUCCCAAAACAACCAUAACUUACCUAUUCAUGAUCUUUUAGCUAAACAUAUUGAACAUGUAAACAAUUCAAAAGAGGAAUCAUCUGUUUCUCACCGAUCUGAAAAAAAACCUGCAGAGUUCUCUACCUCUGGUAAGCAAUCUCUAAAUAAUGCAUUUAGUUUUCUGCAAAAUAUAAAAGAAGAAAGAAGCAAGCCAUCUUCUGGAACAGCUAGCACAUUAGCCACUGUUCAUCCUGUUUUCAGUCCUAGCAAAGCCUGGGCCAGCCCUGACUCUAUUCCAGGAGAAAGAGUUCAGGAUCUGAUGCAAGAUCAGAGUUUUAAAAUGACCCCACAAAAAAGAACUAUAUCUGUGCAAAUCUCCAGUCAACCUAUUGCAACAUCUAUAAUCUUAUUUCCUAAUCAGGGAUGUUCCACUGGCAUUCCCUGCCCAGCUGUUACAUUAGAAAAGGACAAAAACAUCAGGAUGGAGUUUUUAAAAGACACCUCAGAAAAAAUGACUGAAACAAAAGAAGAAAAUAUUAAAUGUAUUGAUGACAUUAAUCCAGGAUCAGCUUUAUUUCAGGACAUACCAAAUGCCUCAGUUCUGGGCAAUGUUAAGCAACAGAAUAACAAAGAGGAAGAAAAGGGAAAUACAGUAGAAACUAUGUCACUAGUGUCUGAUACGGAGUUAAAUUCUGGCACUCCUGCACAGCACAAAACCCUGAAAAACAAUAUUCUUGAAAGAAAAAGAGCAGGAUUAUUCACAAGUAUCUUAAAGAAGGAAUCUAAAUAUGAACCCAGUCAUUUCAAAGCUGUGGUUAUCAACCACGGGAUCAGUGGUCGACCUGUGUCUUCUAUCAGAGACAGUUUAGAACUGGCAAAAAUAAAAAAGAAAAGUGCAGAAAAUGAAAAAUACAAUAGAAAGCUAAGAUGGUGUGAUCAAAUCAACCAGAUAAUAAUAGAAAAUAAUGAAAAAUGCUAUGAAAAAAACACCAGUGAAGUAUCUUCUGAACAGCUGCAAUAUGUUCAAACUACAAAUAAUGCUCCUAAGACUAAUUUAAGUGUUGUUGCUCAACCUUCAAGCCCCAAGUUCAUAAAAAAUCAUCAGGAAAACUCUCAUAUAUCAAAACCAAAUGUUAAUACUGAGGAAUCAAAUAAAGAAUGCACAUCUCUGAAUAUGUUUAUAUCUACUGGAUCCUUUUCUGCUAAAAAAGCUUGGAUGGUAUCAAAAGACAAAGAAAGUAAACCCCCAGUAUGUAGUAAUAAUUCUAAAAUUAAUGAAGUUAAUCAAGUCAAAAAUAAGGCAAAAAUAACCAGAAGACCAAGAUCUGUAAAAGCCCAGCCAAGUUUUAUGCCCAAGAAGAGAACAGGCACUAUAAUCCGACUGCAGUCAGCCGCUGAAGCCAACAAAUCUCUAAAAGCUCCAGGGAAAUUGUUAGCACCUCACCCACCAUCCGCACCUCUGCUGGGAAACAGAAGUGGCGAAAACACAGCCAGCCCCGGGUGUCAGCCACUGCUGCCUUCAAGUCUUCAAGCUAUCAGGAAUGAUUUACAUGAAAGGCAUGUUUUGUUAGCAGAUGAGGUUUUAAAUAGAAACGGUACGGAAAGCAGUGAGAGUAUUACUUGUAGUUCGGACUUGGCCACCGCGGUAUCUACACCUGGCUGCAGCACGGCCAAAUACGAACCUUGGGCAAAAAAUACUUGUUCUGUAAAUAGUGUUCAGACAAGCGCCUGUCGAGAUCGUUCAGUAACCUGCACUGAAAGAAGACCUGCUAACGCAGAAAAUGGAUUACAUCUCCAUCAUAUCCCAGCAGCUGGAAAAACAAGUACCUCCUGGCAAGGAGUGCAUACUGCCCGAGCUCCAGAAGACCGUGCUACUGGUGCUAUUCAGCACCAUAUGUCACAUUACAAUAAUUCACAUAUAACUAAAUGGCAACCUUUUAAAGUAAUUUAUCUUCCCAAGUAUAAAGCAAGUAACUGCAUUUACAAAUCAAGUGUUGUUCCUGUUACAAGACAAAAGCAGGAUUUUGACAGCCGUGAAAAUAAACACAGAGCUUUUUCAGAACACAGAAGACAAAGUGUAGCCUCAAAAAGAUGGAAGCCUACUCAUCAUGCACAGAAUUUGUUACGUACUGUCCAGCUGAGUCCUGUUCAUUCUGCAUUUGAUCCAGUACAAAAUACGAGUAACACCUAUAAGUCCGAUGAAGUUUCAGAAAGCACUGUUCAAUUUCUUAUGGCAGAAAAACUAGCAAGUACACCAGUUGCAGCAGAUGAAAUCCUGGCAGCUAUGGAAAGUGUGCAACCAGCCAGACAGCCCUUGCUGCUUAACAGGGCUCCAUGUCUAGGCAUGAGUGCACUUUCAAUAGAAGAACAGAAGAUCUUCCAGUCUCUUGAUUGUCUCAAUCAAAGGCUACAAAAUGUUCAAGAAGCCAUUACCAGAAACCCAUCUGCUUCAAAUGUUUUGCAGAUAAUCACCCCUUUA